AGUUGAAGGCAGGGAACUGUACCUGUCUUCAUCAAUGAAACAUCUUUUCGUCUACGACAUUAUUAGAACAGAAUCUGCAAAAUACACUCCAUGCUGUUACAAGUGACCUUCGCCCGUCUAGUCUAAUGCCAGCAUUUCAUCACUGUCAGCAGAGCAGUUGGGUGAAUGAUGCUUUGAAAUGAAACAUCGACCUUGGUAAUUGGCAAGUGAUGAUAUUGAAAAGCUCAACGAAGGUCUGAACAUAGAUGAUGGAUGAUGUUUUCGCAGUUGUGUAGAGCCAGACCAAGAACACUUUGGAAUAAAUUCGCUGCAAGACAACCUGCAACAGGCGAGUUGUAUUCAGUGUCGAACUGCGCUCAAGAUAUCACAGAUGUCGCAAAUAGUUCGGAAGAAAUCAGAUGCCAAUUGGAACAUUGUACUUUCUGCGAUUACAGAUUUUGUUGCCAAGUGGUAAGUUUUAUUCAGGAUUCAUCUGGUGAAUUACCAACUGAAUUGAAUUCCACAAGUUGCGAAGUAAAAGUUACAAAAAAUCCAGCUUAUGGUCUUUCAUCAAAAAACUGGCUAGAAGUAGCAAGUGAAGAUACAGAUGAAUAUGCCUCAGAAGAGGAUUGUAAACCAUCCGAAAAUGACUUUGAGCUGAAUGAAAAUAAUAAAAACUUAGAUUCUCUGAACUUGAAAAGCGAUACUACUAGUCAAUCAGAAGAAGAUUGUGAUAAUAAUACGAUACCGAUGAAAAUGUAUCCGUUUAAUAUUCCGGCACAAAACUCUGUUCCUCAGAGUAAAACAGAUUGUAAUUCAAAACAUACAGAAGAUCCUGAGCAUUCUAAUUCAGAAUCGUCAGUCCUUAGUGAUGCAAAACAUACUACAUUGACUUGGUCAGUUUUGAAUCACAAGCAGACUAGCGGUGAGGCUUUUAAAAACUGUGAUAAUAAGUUUCCUUCUCAUGUGAUAGAACAUUCUAAAAGUGAUGUGUUAGAAAAUGAUACUCAAACAAACAGCUCUACCAAAGGAAUUGAAUCUAGUUCACCAGUCAAACCAAAACGAAGCAUGAAAGAUCGAACUUUUCCUCUGUCGUUGAUGAAACCUAUUGCAAAGGCAGGAGAUAAAACUGCCGCAGCACUGCAACAAUCUUUUCCACAGAAAAAUGAUCUGUCACGACAGGGUCCGGUCCAAAAAUAUUCUCGUGAAAGGUUUCAGAAUGCUACAAUAAGUAAAGAGUUCUCUAAAUCAAAGAAACACACCUAUGAUUCAUCAAAUAUUAAAGAUCCUCUUUCUGAUAUAGCUAAAAUCAAAACAGAAGAAAGCAUACAAGAAUGGCUUGCCAGGAUUGGAGAACCUAACCACAGUUUGUGGCCCGAGGAAUCUAUAGUCGAACGAAAAAGAGAAUUCUUACUGCAUGAAGAUGAAACAUGGAAUUCACAGAAAACGGGAAUGAGUAAGACGGAUUCAGCAUUAAAGUCACAUAGUUGCCAGCAUGAAAAUAGUAAAGUGUUUCCUAAUCCACGUUCUUCAGAUUUAUCACACGAGCAAGCACAUUCUGAGCUCGCAAAACAAAAGUCAGACAGCAAGGACUUGUCAAAAAACAGUUAUGACAUGGAUGCAAGUAGUCUUCUAAGCAGUGCAUCUAAAGCUUCUCCAGCAAAUAUUCCUAUGGUAGUGAUGCAAUGCUCGAGAUUGCAUUCUCAUAUCGGCUGUAAACCACCAUUCCAGCAAACCUCUCUCCCAAUGGGUACAUUAGUCACCGCUUUGUAUCAGGAAUCUGAUUGGUUAUAUGUGCAGACCCCUCAUGGAGUGGAAGGCUUUGUACUAGCGUCUAACUGUGCGCCAAUUGGCGCUGUAUCUGACCCAGUACCAACAUCUCGACGGCCAUGGGAACCAUGCGAUUUUCCAAUCCAGAUCAACAUGCACAAAAGAUGCGAAUUUGGGAGACAGCAUGAAUCAUAUAUACAGGCCAUGUUACCCACAAAUAAUGGAAAACAAGCAGUGCCUUACGUCAGCACAGUUAAAAUGAAAACAAAUUUUUAUAGUGAUCGAUACUUCAGCCAUACUUUCAAAUCUAAAGACUCUAUAAAAACUGCUAAAACUGUGACUGAUAUACUACGGAAUUCCCCUGAAACGAAAGUUUCAAAUUAAAAAACGCUCUGCAUAGUUUGAGUUGAAAAUAUUCUAUGUCAUAUAUUAGAUUAUGAAUUUUAAGAAUCUUAUGAACAGAUUCUACACCUAGCUCAUUAAAUAACAAUUAAUUUAUUUAUUAAACAUUUCUAA